AUGUAAAAAAUAUCAAUAUUGUUCGUUUUUUUAAUGAUGACAUUAAUUUUGUCUCAGGCAAUAGAAGUAACGGAUGGGAGAAAUAAUGAGAAAAUAAUGUUAUAAGAAGGAGAAGCAAAGGUGGAUACAUCUGAAACAACAGUUAUCAAAAGAGAUGGAGCUUAAGAUAAAUUAGUGGUCAAGAGAGAAGAAGGAAAAACUGAAAGAACUGUUGUGAAGAGAGAGGAAGUUUCUGAAGAAGGUACAUCUGAAAGAAAAGUUGCUAAGAGAGAAGUAGGAUCUGAUGAAGGAACAUCUGAUAGAAAAGUUGCUAAGAGAGAAGAAGGAUCCGAUGAAAGAACAUCUGAUAGAAAAGUUGCUAAGAGAGAAGAAGGAUCUGAUGAAGGAACAUCUGAUAGAAAAGCUGCUAAGAGAGAGGAAGGAUCUGAUGAAGGAAAAUCUGAAAGAACAGCUGCAAAGAGAGAGGAAGGUUCUAAUAAAGAUUCAUCUACUAAAAUUGAAACUAAUAAUGAAUAAUCUGGCACACAUGAAACAGAUACAUCAAACUAAUUGAAUAGAGAAAAUUUAGAAUUGGAAAUGGUUAAUGAACAAGAAGACAAGGCAAAUUAAGACAAUUACGGAAUAUAAUUACUAGUACCAAUGAUCAUUAUAUUAGUUUAUUGA